AUGGAUGCCAGGGAUUUUAGGGGAAAGGUUGGGAAAAGGUCAGAUGCUGGGAAGCAUCAAAGUUCGGUAAUAAUACAAUCAACAACCUCUUCAGGAGAAUCUCAUGGACUGUUUGAUUAUGAGAGGAAAGGAACAAUUAGUCAAACAAUCUCUAUAGACGGUUGCUCAAAUAGUUAUACUAUUCUAAAAAGUAACAAUUCUGGACUAUUGAGCGCUGUUCCUAAUGAGGGUAAUUGUGAAGAUUAUAGUGAACUGAAUAAUCCUGAUAAUUUUGAAGUGGAUCAUUACUUAAUUUGUGAUACUAAAAAUGUAGCGACUGAGCGUGGAGAUGAUACAAUGGAACCAAUUAUAAGAUUAUUUAAAAACAAGGAUGGCUGGUACGUAGAUGGAAUUACUUUGUCUUCUAAAGGCAGUAGGGAAUAUUCAAUAGUAAUUUCAAUGAAAGAGAUCCUAAAUUCUCAAGGUAAUGGACAUAGUAAACAACAUAAACCUUAUUCAUGGACAGAGUGUAGAUAUAAUGACGAUUCAAUUCCAAAUAAGGGUAAUAAGGUGUGGAUUGUAAGCCCAAAACAUACUCCAGGUAUACCAUUAAGACAGGGUGAUAUAAUAAAACUGGGACGUUGUCAAAUGCGUGUUCAUGAGAUCGUUGCUACUUUAGCAGCUGCCAAAGAUGCUCUCCUACGUACUCCAUAUAUCCCAACUUUUAAUAUUGAAUCUAAUCGAGAAUUGAAUAAUUGUCUGGAUAUUUUGGCUUUUGAGGUAAAUGAUAUUGAAGAUGUAAAGAAGUCACAAAAUUCUUAUGGAAUAAAAGGUGAAAAUUCUACUUUCGAAAGAAUUGAAAAUGAGAAAGUUGGUAAUUUAUGUACAAAGAGCCAGAAUGGAAAUAUGGAAACUGCCCCAUUAACACCUCUUUCAGGGAUUUUAGAAUGUGGGGAUAAAUAUGAACAAGUAAAGAAAAACUUAAUAUCUUUGGAAAUUUCAGAUAAAGAUGAUCAGAAAUUGAUGACUUUAAAGUUAACUAAUAAAGACGAAAUAAUACCUUUGAAAGUUAUUGAGUCAUCUAGCCAUAAUUUAAGACAUCAACAGAGAAUACAAACGAGUAUAUCAGAAGAUGAUCAUUCAAGAAAUUUAAAUAAUAGAAAUGUAGAUGAAAUUGUACAAAGUAACCAGACAUUUAGUAUUGCUAUGUCAACAAAAAAUAAUUUCAAUAAUGCAACUAAGUUCUGUCGUAUAUGCUUGUCUGAUGAUGGGGAUCUGUUAGACUUUGAGGACAACUUUAAUCCAUUAAUAUGUCCAUGUGAUUGUAAAGGAUCAAUGCAAUAUGUACAUUUACAAUGCCUUAGAAAGUGGAUUGAAUCUCGCCUUGGUAUUCCGGCAAGUUGGAUGUCUAAUAUAACUAGUACACAGAUAAAUUUAAAUACUACUAGGAAUAAUACUUGUUCAGUAAUACGAAGUCGUUUAAGAAGAAUAUUAAGAAUCUUGUAUCAUUAUUGUAUUAACUACUUUAGUUGUACAACUAGUGGUAAUGGAAAUCGUCCAGUAUGUUUUAAUUUGAGGAAAUUUGAUUGUGAAUUGUGCAAGGUUACAUUUCCAAAUCAAUUAUGGAUACCAAAUGGUGAGUCAUUAUUAACUUUACCUUUAUUCAGGAUUCCUAGACCCAAGUAUCCUUAUAUAAUCUUGGUUCCAAUUGAAAGUGAAUAUACUUGCAAAAUAAAUCAAAUAAUUGUAUCAUUUGGAGAUCCAAGGAGUAGUGUGUAUGUAGGCCGUGGUCAUAAUUCUGAUGUAAGAUUUGGAGAAAUAAGUGUGAGUAGAUCACAUGCUCAGUUACAACAUUGUUUCAUAUGUGGAGAUUAUGAAAUAUGCUUAUCAGAUCGCAGAAGUAAAUUUGGAUCAUUAGUUGAACUAUCACGGCCAUUCAAGAUUGGCAAGGAGGGAAUAUCUCUUCAAAUAGGAAAAACACUUAUAUUUUUGAAAACUAUCAAGUCUAGAGCAUCACUUAAAAAUAUUCUAUUACCUUGUAUUACUGAAAAAAAUAUUAAUAAUGUUUCACUUAAUAGAAACAAUAUUAAUAUAUACUCAUCUAAAGGACAUAAUAAUAGACAGAGUCAUGAAACUCUGGAUGAUCAAUCUGAAAUACAGUUAGAUCAAGAUGUGGAUACAAUGCAAGUUCAAUGUAAUGCUCAAAAUAAUUAUGAUAUUACUUGUUGGAGAAAUUUACUUAGGUGUAAUCAUCUUUCUAGAGUCUCAUCGCGCCAUAGGUACUUUACUCGUGCUUAA